UUUUUUCGCCUUCUCUCUCUCCGAUGCCCUGGAUUACUCAUAGCGGUAUAAGGUUUGGAGCCUUAAUGCCAGCAAAGUCCAUGUGGGCAGGGAGAUGCGUUGAAAUGAUGGAUUGCUGUUUUUCUCAUGAUAACAAAAGAAUUACGAAUAAAUGAGACCUUUGUUUGUGUGAGAACAAAACCGGACGAACUGUAAAUGAUAUGAAAUUCGACCCUUUGGAUGUUUUGAUAAACUCGUGUCAACAUUAGGAAACGGCAGAAAGCUAAUGUCCGGCGCCUGUGUCUAUAGCAGCAACACUGAACACACUUUCAAUGCAUCUUUAAUGAGGACUAUCGAGAUUAACCAAUCACCCAAAAUCGUGUGUAGCAAGUGCACGAGCUGAACUUCCGUGCACGAGCUUGCUUGUCAUUGUCUGAACGUUCAUUGUGUGUCAUCAAAUUGAUCUGUGUUUAUUUUAAGGCUAGUCUCAAUCUCGACCAAACAAUAGGAGAAUGAUUUGUAAAAUCACAGGAUUCAUUCAAAACACCUAAGACAUCAAGUGGAUUAAUUAAUUAAUUGUCACUAUAAACACGGCUUUAAAGAAGUCGUAAAUGUGGUGGUGAAUGAUUUGGUGUUAGAAGCUAGAGAUUUGAUUACUGUGAAAGUUACUGAGUGUUAAAAUUCAAAAUUUAAUUAGUGGUGUGUGCUAGGACUUGGUGGUUGUACGAGGACAAUGAUCUAUUUCCAUUCUGAUGCACGUGAAGCUAAUCCAUCUAGUCACCUGGCUGUUCUUCCGCACGUGAAACCUGAUGUCAGCUGUUUCCGUAAGUAGAGAUGUCAACGUGACACACUUGUACAUGAAAAUAUCUCGCGAUGCACUUAAAGACCCCUUGAAUGUUAUUAGAAAUGACACACUAAGUUCUUUCCGGUAAUACCAUUAUACAACAUCGUUCAUGUCAGAUAUAUACGAUUGUGGGUUUAUUUGGUAAAGCCAUUAUCAUCAUCCUGGGGAACUAUUAGCUGCGGACGGGAUACCAGCAGUAGAUAUUGAUAUGACCGUAGACUUUCAGUCCGGCGUGUCUCCAAGUGAGAACAGUAUAUAGGGCUCUAUCCUGCCUACUUUAUAGCUUUAUUAUCACCUAGAAAUUCAUCAAAAGGAAAUACGGCGGUAUGGACCAGUAUUGAUGGCCUUUGUUUAGAGUUACAUUGUUCGAGGACACGUCACACAAAUAAGAGGUGUUUAUUUUAUUGGUUGUAUUUAUGUAUUACAACCUGAUGUGGACAAACGUCAAGGCCAUCGUUCACGCGAUAGUCAUAUAUAGACACCGGACAUUCUCGGACAUUUGUAUAACUGCCCGGACCGCUAAUUGGAUAUAACCCAACAAAUGGUGAAACAGCGUUACAUACGGUGUUGAUAGCUGUGUAGUUAGCCAUGAUCUUGGACAGAAACUGUGGACGAAAUCACCCUAGGUAAUCAAAUUGCGGUCAUAUCCUGAUGGGUCAAGGACUGUGCUGAAAACAAAAAUACUUCAUCUCAAUUUGAUUUUUUCGUGACGAUUAUCUUUGUGGAUGAAUGCCAAACAUUUGAUGGCCAAUAAUCAUUGGGCUUAUUCGUAAUACAUUACUACUGAAUGUUCUUCCCAUUAAUAUAUACCAGAUAUUCAUUGCCACGACUCCGUAUUGACGUUUAGACGAAAUGAUAUAGUAACAAUGUUAAAUAUUUUAUAUAUUUAGAGACAUUUCACUCGUCUCGCCGGCUGUACAACUGGAUCGCCUUGUUCUGGUUGGAUAGUUACAAGCCAGUACGCCAGAGUCAUCUGAUAGGUAAAACGAACUGUGAAACUGACUAUAGGAGACAGGUCACUGUCUUUUGACAUCUCUAUAAGGUCAAAACCUAUGACGCUAACGAUGAUAUCAUACCUUCUCGGGUAACCACGAUUCAUAUGGAGGCACCCUACACUCGUGUUUGAUUGGUUAAUGAUAACACAGUGGUGAACGUUUUGAUCACAUGACCCAGGUCCUUAGUCCAAAAUAAUGUGCUGUAAAUGGAUUUUUGAUUGAUAGCAUUCACUGGAUAACAGACAGUCGGGUAUACUUCGACAUUCGAACAAAAAGUGUUCUACGGAGUUUGAUAGCAAAACACAGGAAAACAUGUUUGCUGAACAUUGACAUUGUGAACAUGCAAUUCUAAGGUGAAGCAAAAAAAAAAAAAAACGAUAAAAGUUUACGGGCACUUCAAAUGACCCACAGCACACUGAUCAGUACGCGCAGUUUAUAUGGUCACGUGCAAUGGACGUGAACAUGCACAACACCUCCAUGAACGGGUCUCUGAUGUCCACCGAGGGAACGCCCGGAGAUGGACUGGUCCUUCUCGUCAUAAAGACAACAGUGAUGGUGGUGGUCAUGUUGAGUGCCGUUCUCGGUAACUUUCUGGUGAUCAUGAGUGUGAUUAGAUUCGAGAAAUUACGGGCAACAGUCACUAAUUAUUUUAUUCUGUCCCUCGCCGCCGCCGAUCUUCUGGUUGCCGUCGUUGUCAUGCCAUUUAACGCCAGUAUCGAAAUCACCGACAAAUGGAUAUUUGGUAGAACUAUGUGUGACAUUUUUAAUUCUAAUGAUGUUUUGUUUAGCACGGCAUCCAUUUUACAUCUGUGCUGCAUAAGCAUGGAUCGUUACAUUGCGAUAAUGAAUCCCCUCCACUACGAAACUAAACUUACAAAACGGAGAGUGGCUUUAAUGAUUGCCGUCACGUGGAUUUCUUCUCUGCUGAUAUCAUAUAUUCCUAUCCAUUCUCAAUUUUACACGACGGAUGAAAAUUUACAAGAACUAAGUGUAAACCCCGACUCGUGCAAAUUCGUUGUAAACCGGAUAUACGCAGUUGUGUCGUCAUCAGUCUCGUUCUGGGUACCAUGUACAAUAAUGGUGUUUGUUUAUAUUCGUAUUUUCAAGGAGGCGAGAAAACAAGAGAAGUACAUUCGAUCUGCGAGUGUGUGUUCGACAGAACUAACAGGCAACGGCGACUUGCUCAUUCCAGGAAGUACUAAGAACUCUCGUGAUAUAUCGGAAAGGAAGAGACUUAAACGAGAACACAAGGCAGCCAGAACUUUAGGAAUUAUAAUGGGUGUGUUUAUUUUAUGUUUUUUCCCAUUUUUCUCAUGGUAUUUAAUCACAAGCUUAUGUAGAGAAAAAUGUCAGUAUCCUCCUUUGUUGGGGACCAUUCUAUUUUGGGUCGGAUAUUUUAACUCCUGUCUGAAUCCUGUUAUCUAUGCAUAUUGUAAUCGCGAGUUUAGACAAGCAUUUAAAAAACUGCUGAACUGGGCUCAUUGCUCUGAUUUUAACCAAAACUCCGCGUACUGUGCACGCAAACGCUCACACAGCAGUCCAAACAAUAGCAAGAACGACGAAUACGUCCAAAUGGUAUACGUGAAGAGGGAGUGUAACAUAUGUGGCACAAAUGUUUGACUGAAUUAACGCUUUAGUUUGAUCCGCCUGUGUCCAUUAUAACACCAACAGACUUUCGAAAGAUAUCUACAGCAAUACAGUGCUUUUUAAUAUAGCUUUAUACUAGGUUUCUGAUUACAGUUUAUAAUUUAUGUUAAUCUUAGUCAUUAUAACAGGACACGUAUAUCUCCUAGAGAUCCGAUAAUUCAACAAUAGAUGCUUUAUAUAAAUGUGAUUGCUCAAGGUAAUAUCUAUAAUAGUGGAAGGAUGUGUAUGCAUAUGUAUAGUCUCGUUAUAUAUACAUAUAUGUAUAUCUAUACCUGUAUGGUCUUGCAUUCCGAAAGUAGACAUUAGACUUAUAUACAAUUGUAGCUCAUAUAAAACCAUGAAGGUAAACAUACGUCUUUGUUUUAAUAUAUACAAAUUUUGUUUGUGUCAUUUUUUUCUGAAUAUCAACACUACGGUUUAGUACAGAAACAAACACAUCCUAACAUACACGCUUCUGUGUAAUGGUUUAUACUGUACACAUACCGUGUAUACCUUUAAAUAAAUAUUUCCCAUUUCUCUUCCUCUGGUUAUCUACUCAGGUGUCAUCCACGGCAUCCGUCGACCUCGAGUGACCCCUCUCGUUAAGAGCUUAUACACGCUAGGUUUUAAACGUUAACCUUGAGGCAAAUGAAAAUAUCAAUUUUCUUUUUCAAAUAUAAACACCGCUGUACGUUUAUGUUUCAGGUAUCAGAAAUAUUAUAAUCAUGAUUAUUUUCAGGUUGACUGCGCCCCCUUAAACUAAAAGUCACCAUCCUUUUAUUAUCUGGACCGUAUAAUUCUUUUCUUACUUCCCCGGUGAGUAUGCAUAUUGAUUUUUGAUUUUGGCCAAUCAGAAACCAUUAUUUUAAUAACCAGAUUUUCAUCCAGAAAAUGUUCAGCUUCCCUUUUAAAGGUUACAAAUCCAGAGUAUAUCAGAACUUAGAUCAUUUAUCUAAAAUCGCUCCGAAGAAUACAUUCUAUAGGACGUUCAUUAUAAACAUGGUUACAAUAUCGGAAAUCAGUAACUUACGAUUUUAUAUAAGUAACCUUAAACAUUCAGAGGUUAAAUUAUAAUCCGCUUUGUCAACAUUCUUGUCAAUGCAUGUCCUGUACGAAACCAGAAUUCUCGCUGUCUGUGCGUCCUUUAUUCCGAUUAACCGGAAUUCUCGCUGUCUGUACGUCCUUUAUUCCGAUUAACCAGACAUAUCACUGUCUGUACGUCCUUUAUUCAUAUUAACCAGAAUUAUCGCUGUCUGUUCGUCCUUUAUUCCGAUUAACCGGAAUUCUCGCUGUCUGUUCGUCCUUUAUUCCGAUUAACCAGAAUUCUCGCUGUCUGUACGUCCUUUAUUCCGAUUAACCAGAAUUAUCGCUGUCUGUUCGUCCUUUAUUCCGAUUAACCAGAAUUCUCGCUGUCUGUACGUCCUUUAUUCCGAUUAACCAGAAUUCUCGCUGUCAGCGCGUCCUAUGCUCGGCUAAACCAGAAUUCUCGCUGUCUGUACGUCCUUUUUCCGAUUAACCAGAAUUCUCGCAGUCUGUACGUCCUUUAUUCCGAUUAACCAGAAUUAUCGCUGUCUGUACGUCCUGUUUUCCGAUUAACCAGAAUUCUCGCUGUCUGCGCGUCCUAUGCUCGGCUAAACCAGAAUUCUCGCUGUCUGUACGUCCUUUUUCCGAUUAACCAGAAUUCUCGCUGUCUGUACGUCCUUUAUUCCGAUUAACCAGAAUUAUCGCUGUCUGUUCGUCCUUUAUUCCGAUUAACCAGAAUUCUCGCUGUCUGUACGUCCUUUAUUCCGAUUAACCAGAAUUCUCGCUGUCUGUACGUCCUUUUUCCGAUUAACCAGAAUUCUCGCUGUCUGUGCGUCUUUUAUUCCGAUAAACCAGCAUUCUCGCUGUCUGUACGUCAUAUAAAGACGACUAAUCACUGAGUAUUGUAUUGAAUUAGAAUUGUAUUAGAAUUCAAAGACGACGUAACGUUCGAUAUAUAAUUGUGCGUCUCCUCUGCUUCCCCGAAUUUCCUAGUAUAAGAUAUCAAACUAUGCACCACUUUAAGGACGUUACAAUAUAUGUGUUGACAAGUCUGGGUUACGGAAUUACGUCUCAAAUUGCAAAUGUUAGGUAUAUAUAUAUCUCGAUGUUAACAGCGAAUUCUAAAAGGCCGAUUGAUAAUUACCCAAGAGUAUUCCCAGCUUUCGAAGUACGCUGGCAAUAAAGUACCAAUAUAAAAGAUUGGUAUACACAAGUCUAUAGACAUUAGAGUCACAUGUAUUUUUUUUCUUUGAAUGAUGUUACAAAGAAUCAAAAGGUAUUAUAACUGCUAAUUUUGCUGUUGGUGCAGCUUCUUCGUGUGUAGAACUAAUCAACAUCAGUACCAAAUUCAAUAUUUCUGAGAGAUUACAAUUUAUUUUUUUUAUUUUCUCAGUGAAUGUCUUUGUAUUCAAUAAAAGGUCUCUAAGUAUGUGGCCUGAUAAAUACAACAAUGUAUAUGCUGUUGUUAAUUCUAUAAGAUCCCUACGUUAUCGCGUUGUUGUCCUUGAUCGUUGUAUCACCAAAUAAGUUAUAAAACUACGGUGGCAUAUUUCUGCCAUCGAGUUGCCGACUUA